AUGGACGCCCAAACCUCGUUUCCCAGGUUAGAGCACAUAGCAGACAUCCACCUCGACCUCUCCCCCGCACUACCCAGUGGCACAACACCCAAAGGCACAAACCUCUGGAUCCCCAUCACAGGAGGAACCAUCAAAUCACCCUCAACUACCACCUCCAAUCUACCAAAAUUAAAUCUCACCGUCCCUCCCGGCGGUGGGGACUACCCAACGCUCCACGCCACAGAUGAAGUCCUCUCGCUCGACGUUAACCUUGUCGCCAUAGACGAAGAAACGAAAGACCUCUUUCGCUUCCAGAAUUCGGGAUAUAUUACGCUGAACGAGGAGGUUAGUGCUCUAUUGUUGGAGGGGAAGGGGAGGAGUACGGAGUUUGGGGAGAAGGAUGUUAGGGAGACGAUUACUUGUAAUACUGGGAGUAAGGACUUUGGAUGGAUGAAUUUUGGGACUAUGGUUGCACAGGGACGGUUGCUGGAACGGGAUGGGGGGUUGGGUGGGAUUGAGUUUAGGGUUUUUAGAUUUGUUGCGCAGGUUUAG